CUGUGGCUGACUGAGCGAUGUCAUAUUGGAAAUGAUAAAAACUUAGAAUAAUUUCUGCAGAAUUAUCAAGUUUUGUUUGAUUUUCGAUGUGGUUUAUUUGUGUUUUCAAUUAAAAUAGAAUAUUAUCUUUCAAAGAUCAUAUAUAAGGCCAAUAAUAUUGAUGUGAAUGAUUUUCUCAUUAAGUGAUAAAACAUCGAUUUUUUUUUACUUUUUCAUUAAUCUAUAAAUUAUGUGAAGAUGGAAACUCCUGCAGAAAAUUGGGACCCAGCACUAACAAGAUUGCUAUCAUCUCUCAAAGAGGUACAGCCUGGAGGAGAAGAUGUGGCAUUCCUCAGUGAACUUUUACAGUCUAAGCAACUACACGCCCUAGUUCAGGUGCACAACAAAAUUGUUGCCAAGGGAAAAGAUGAUAAAUUUUAUCCUUUGCUCUCAAAUGUCAUGCAAGUCACUCUUGAAGUUUUGGAAUUGCUUGCUGACCUGUCAUCUGUAUCGAAAGAAUAUGAAGAAUUGCUUAGCUUGUUACAGAAACCACAUUUCCAGGCUAUACUGUGCACUCAUGAUGCAGUUGCUCAAAAAGAUUACUAUCCACACCUGCCUGACGUUCCACCUGAUGUUGACGAAGAAGAGGAAACGGUCAAAAUAGUUCAACUAGUCAAAAGUGAUGAACCACUGGGUGGCGCACAGAGUGCAGAACCUAUAGUGGGUGCUACUAUAAAGACGGACGAGGAGACAGGGAAGAUUGUGAUAGCCAGGGUGAUGCACGGGGGCGCUGCGGACCGCUCGGGGCUCAUACAUGCGGGGGAUGAAGUGAUAGAGGUCAAUGGCAUCAGUGUUGAGAACAAAACACCGGCAGACGUGUUGGCGAUACUGCAAAGCUCAGAGGGAACAAUAACAUUUAAGCUGGUACCAUCUUUUGGAAAAGGAGGUUCUCGAGAAAGUAAAGUGAGGGUCCGAGCUCUUUUCAACUACAGCUCCGCCGAAGACCCAUACAUACCGUGCAAGGAAGCUGGACUCAAUUUCAAGAAAGGAGAUGUAUUGCACAUUGUUUCUCAAGAUGACGCCUACUGGUGGCAAGCCCGUCGCGAAGGUGAUAGAGUGAUGAGGGCUGGGCUAAUACCUUCAAGGGCUUUGCAGGAAGGCAGAAUCAUACACGAGAGGCAGACUGACCCGCAAACCAUGGAUGGCAAGCCAGCGCUUUGCAGCCCAUCGACCGCCGACUCGGAAUGUGGGCCAAAAACGCCUUGUUCCCCAACGCCCACGGCCACCGCUCUUCUCCCUUGCAAAUCUGUGCCGAAAGUGAAGAAAAUCAUCUACGAUAUCACCGAAAAUGAUGAUUUCGAUCGGGAAAUGAUCCCUACGUACGAGGAAGUGGCUCGUCUGUAUCCGCGCCCUGGGUUAGUGCGGCCGAUUGUGUUGGUUGGCGCGCCGGGAGUUGGUAGAAACGAGUUGCGCAGGCGACUGAUCGCAACCGACCCAGAGAAAUUCGUCACGCCUGUGCCGUUUACGUCACGGCCACAAAAAGCUAGUGAGCAGAACGGGAAAGAAUACGUGUUUGUGUCAAGGGAGCGGAUGGAACAAGAUAUAGCAGACGGCAAGUUUAUAGAGCACGGAGAGUAUAAGGGCAACUUGUACGGCACUUCGGCGGAAAGCGUCGAGUCUAUCAUCAAUUCAGGUCGAGUGUGCGUAUUGAGCCCGCACUGGCAAGCCCUCAAGAUGCUCCGCACUCCUCGACUUAGACCGUACAUAAUAUUUGUGCGCCCGCCACCGCUGCAGCGCUUGAUGGAAACGCGCACAGCUUCCAACGCACGAUCCACCUUCGACAAAGAGAGUUCUCGAGCGUUCACGGAAGAAGAAUUCUCAGACAUAAUUCGUUCAUCCAACCGCAUCAACUUCUUGUACGGCUAUAUGUUUGAUGAGGAGAUUGUCAAUGACGAUCUAGCCGGAGCUUUGACCCAGCUUCUGAAGGCGUCUUGGCGGGUCCAAUCUGAACCUCUCUGGGUUCCCGCUUCGUGGGUUCAGUAAAAAAAUUACACGCAAACGGUGUAUAUGUCGAGCCGAAAGAGCCAGUUUGCAAAAAAUUUGAAUUUGCCAAGUUACUGUCUGCCAAAAACUCCCCAUCUUCUUCCAAGUCUUCCUGUCCAAAGUUCACAAUGGUCAUCUCUCAAUCGAAACAUUUUUAGUAUAUGUUUACAGCGAAGGCUAUAUGACCAUAGAAACCACUAUGUUGCUGAUUUCGCUGAAAUUUCUCUUUGAAUUAUUUUUGAAAUUCUAGGAAAGAGCUAGAUUUUAUAUGCUUCAUAAUUCAUGAAAGUAAGUCCAAAAGGUAAAGCCAAAUUUGCUAAAUAAUUUUGAUAAUUAUUUAAUGUGUAAGCCAAACACGAGGCCACUUUUUUAGUGCGAUGUGACAAAUAUAUUAUUAUCUAAAUACAUAUUCUUGUUAGGUUGGCGCUUAAUUAUUAUAGUGCAAAAGUGACAUUACUAGCAACUACUUUAGUUAUUCGCGUUUUCAGAGAUUGAACAUAUUUAGUUGAGUUUCUUUCGGCUUGAUAAAUACACUAUUCGUUCAAUAUGUUUUAUAUUUUAGGAUGGAACUAACUUCCUUAUAAAAACUAAAACAAAUGUGAAAUUAUAAAAUAUUUUUAUGUAUUCUUAUUAAGAUUACAAUAUACAGGUUCCCACAAUAAGAAAUGGUUCCAUCCUGUUAUUUUCUAGUCAUUUUAUAAUUUUUUUGAAAAAUCCCAUCGAAUUAAAUUUCUAAAUAUACUGAUAAUGUUAUUAUACUAAUGCAAGUAUCAAAUGUGAACACCAACUUAUGACAAUUGAGAAUGCAUAUGAUAAAUAUAUACUUAUACAAGUAUAUAUAAAAAAAACAUUAAGCAAUGAAGUCGCUUUCUACCAGUAUAUGUUAAAGCUUAAUCUUUUGUGACACAUUUACGUUACCAAAAAUAAUAUAAGUAGGUAAGUAAUAUCUUGUAUCAAAAAGUAUUUCUUGUCAUUUGUUGUGACCCAAAUCUUUAUUUUAAAAUUGCGUAGACUAAUGUUUAUUGUUGUUGACUAUUUCUUUUUUUGCGAUAAUGUUUAAAGACUAAGCUAGAUUAUUAUUAUGCGUUUUCAGUUUUUUUUACGUAAUAUUAUGUGAUUUGUAUGAAAACAAAUACUGUAAUGCAUGUGCUUGAUUAUAUUUUUGAAUAUUUUCUCGUGUAUUAUAAUUGUUGUGUUUAUGAAAACGUAAAUAAUAAUAUCGGCAAAUGGUAUACUUUCUUAUUAAAAAGUGUUCAUUCAAGUAAAUAAUAAAUUUACUUAUUAAAAUUAUUUAACUUAUAAAUAUAUCCUUAAAUGAGUGCUUGCUUUGGUAGAUACACCUUACAAAUAUAGUCUUUAGUCAUAUUCUUCGUGAAAUUGUGGAUGCGUGACUUUGUUUUUUUUAUAAAUUGUGCCUCCCUUAACACGUCUGUGUGCCCAAAUGUGUAUCUUUUGUAGUUAUAUUAAAUGAGAGGGUAAAAAAUAAUUAUGGCAGUUUAAAAAAUAUUGCUUUGCGAAAGUUCAGGAUUAAGAAAUUGUUAUCUUGAAUGCAUAGGUUUAUAAGUAAUCGUUGUACCAAAAGAUUACUUGGUAAAACACCAUAUCAAAAAUAAUCACAAAACAUAUUACUUUUUGUGUAAAGUUAUAAAUUCACUAACAUUUUAUUUUAGUGAAUUUAUAACUAUAAUAUUUCAAUUCAUUGAAAACAAAUAUUUCUAAAUUUUUUUAAAUCACUGUUACCACCGAGUUAGUUAAAGUAGUUAUAUACGAGUAUUUUUAUUAAUUUUUCUAUAGGUAAAAAGAGAGGCAUUUACUAAUUGGGAAAGCCAUUUUUUCCUUAUUUUAACGUGCAUUCUAUUUAAAAGUCUGAUCUUUUACAUACCAUUUUGUUAAGAUUAAAGAAAACUGCAAUAUUAAACAUAUUAUUGAAUUACGAAUAUUGACUAAAGCAUAAGCUUUUUGUUAUGGAGAUUUAAUUAAUAUGAAAGGAAUGAAUAUGACAUAAAAAGCCAGGUUGUAAUGGAAACCAUAUUUUUUUUAUACUUUUAUGCAAUACCUACCCGAGUUGUGUACAUUGAUUGAUUGCCAACCAUCAGGUGAAGGAAAACAUCGUGAAGAAACCGGCACAUUACGCCCACUGGAUGUGUGUAACUAUGGUGCAAAGAGUUAGGUUCCCUGCAAUGUUUGCGGAGGUCAGAUGGUGAGUCGCCUCAUGUAAAAAAAUGACUCACCCAGUUCAAGAUAGUGUUCAUAAGCGCACCUCGGUCUCCUCUCCCGAACUGAGGAUGCAGCUGGUACUUGGGAAGAAUGAUAUUACUUACUUAAGGAAACACUAGUCGCGAUACAUUUCCAUUACAGCUUGGUACAAGAUGUCAAUGAUUUGACAAUGCAGAGAACAUUGCACAUGGAUGUACAAUUAAGACAAUGAAUGCAAAUAUUCACGUAGAUUUAGUUUACAAAUAUUUUAAAGUUGUCGCCACAUCAACUCUAGUUUCAACCAAUUUGCAACAAUCAAAAUUUCACUUUAGUAGUGAUAAAAUGAUUUUCUGAACAAUCUGAACUUAACAAUGCCAAAAGAUUUAAUAAAUUCAUAGCAUGAGUUUUUAGAAUAUUUCACUAAUUUCAAAAUGUUUACAAAAUAUAUUAUUUAUUAUAGUCGUGUCAAAUCAAAUCUAACGUACCCUAGGUUUGAUGUAGCGACAAGCAAAUAUUAUAAUAGGUUUCUAAAGCGACGCAAUAACGGUAACAAUAUUUUAAACUGAAACUUCCUCAAAUAUAGUCAAAUAGGGAUCUGUGAUUAUGUGUCCUUAGGUUAAUUAAUUUACGCUGCUUAGCCAAGAAGUCACGCAACAUGAGCGAAAAGUAUUGAGAGGUAACCUUGUCAUGGGCUUGACACGGAAAUCGUUUCGGUGUAGAUAUUACUAAAUAUAUGUGUAUUUAGAAUGUUAUACACAGUUUUCGCCUAACUCAAGUUAACCUUUCCAAUAUUUCUGGUUAUUUUUAGAACUUUUCUUGGCCAAGAUUUUUUAACGCUAUGCCAUUAUGUAGAUUUAGCAAUAUCAACGCCAAUACGUUAUAGUAGUAUAGCGUCGCACUUACGUAAUUAGAUCAGCGCGAUCUUAAAUAAGCAAAUAUAUGAUGACGCUUUGUACUCGAAUUUGAUCGACUUUCCACUCUUUUUUAAUCAAUAACUGUGAAGUGGGAGUUGUAUAUAAUUAAAUGUUUCGUCAACCUCUGAGCACAUGCAGGCCGUGCGCUGCGUUAAGCGGGUGCACGGCGCGGGCAUCCGACGCGGGCAUCCGUCGCGGGCAUCCGCGUCGUGCUCCGUCGCGGACAAAUAGCCCGUCGCGGGUAUCCGCAACGACCUCCCGCUAAACGCAGCGCCGCCAGUACAAUUUUAGACGUGCGGGUGUACAGUCGAUUCAUAAUGGAUUAUUUGUUGAUAUACUACCUAGCCAAAAGACGACGUAGACAACAGCGGCAGCCAAUCAGCCCAUAUGUCUCGUCCAGAAUGUUGUGUGGAGAAUUUGUAACCAAGUUUACGCUAUUAAGAGAAGAUGAGAGGAGAUUUUUUAAGUAUUUUAAAAUGUCAACGUCUACAUUUGAUGAAUUAUUUUCGAAACUUGAACCAUAUUUGAAACAUAGUGCUAAUACUCUAAAAGUAAGAAGUGUAUCAAUUAUAUUACCAAUAGAGAGGUUGGCAAUAACGGCAAGGUAAGUAAAUAAAAUGUUUUUCUUGAUAUAAAAUAUUUUUAUUUUGUCAGUCAAGAUCACGCAUGUAUACAACCAAAUCAGUUAUUGGACUUAUCAUAAUCAUAAGUAACAGUAAAAUCACAGUGAUUGGAUUUAUCACUUAUUAUAAUUAACAAUAUUUUAAUCUACAAUUACUUUAAUGAGAACUAAGUAUAACAAUUUGGUAGUGUAGGUACAUACGUAAAGUAAAUCAAAAUCACAGUCAUUGUAAUUAUCAUAAUUAACAAUAUUAUAAGGCUACUUCCAAUCUUUGUCUUUCUUCAAAUAGAGUAUAAAUGCAGUAAAUAAUUGAUAAUAGGAUUAAUGUUCUGCUUGAGUGUCAUUUGUCAGUACGAUGUUCGAUAAAUCCUCCAAUGUAAUAACAUUUUCUUUUUCAAUGUCAAUUAAUAAGUUUAAUACCUUUGAUCGAAACAAUAAUUUUUGAUAUGUAGACAAUUUUUUUAUGUUU